AUGGCUGUUUCGGACGCGGGGCAAUCUCAGAGCGCCGAGCAGGUGCCUGCGCCUCAGCAGCGAAAGAAGCUUCAUGGUAGAGAAUUCUACGAGAGCAUUGGAAGUCCCAAAUAUAUCGUUGCCCCCAUGGUCGACAGAUCGGAGUUUGCGUGGCGCAUGCUCACUCGAUCCUUCAUGCCACCGGACGAGCAAAAGUCGCUACUCGCAUAUUCCCCGAUGUUCCAUGCGCGCCUCUUCGGUGAACAAGCACGUGUUCGAAAUCAAUAUUUCCAGCCCACUCGCGAGGACAAGAAGGACACUCUGUUCCUCGACGGGAACCCGGCCUUCGACCGACCUCUUUUCGUCCAGUUUUGCGCAAACGAUCCUACGGAAUUCUUAGAGGCAGCACAGCAUGUGGCCCCAUAUUGUGAUGCCGUGGACUUGAAUCUCGGAUGUCCGCAAGGAAUCGCAAAGAGGGGCCAUUAUGGUGCCUUCCUCCAGGAAGAUUGGGACUUGAUCUACAAACUCAUCAACCGGCUUCACAACGAUCUGUCCGUGCCCAUCACUGCGAAAUUCCGCAUUCAAGAGACCAAAGAGAAGACACUGGAAUACGCCAAGAUGAUUCUCUCUGCCGGAGCCAACAUAAUCUCCGUGCAUGGGAGACGGCGAGAACAGAAGGGUCACAACACUGGUGUGGCGGAUUGGAGCUAUAUCCGGUACCUGCGCGAUAAUCUGCCUCCAGAAACUGUGAUAUUUGCCAACGGCAAUAUUCUCAACUACGAGGAUCUAGAGCGCUGUCUCGAGGAAACUGGUGCAGACGGGAUCAUGAGCGCUGAAGGCAACCUGUCAGACCCAACUAUUUUUAGCAAACCGCCUCCAGUUGGAAGUGAAGGCCGAGAAUACUGGAGAGGACGAGAUGGAAAGGGUGGCUACCGUAUCGAUGCCAUUAUUCGACGGUACUAUGAUAUCAUCUACAAAUACGUCCUCGAGCAGCCAGUCCCAGAGCGAAAGCCGCUUUAUCUUCCGUCAGAUCCAGUGGACGAACAGGAGGAGUUCAAGGAACUCGAAGAAGAAGAACCUGAAGGUCCACCGAGGAAGAAGCAAAAGAAAGAUAAGACCAAGAGGCCCAACUCUCCCAGCCUGGGAGUCAUGCAAGGCCACCUCUUCCAGGUCCUUCGACCGAUGGUCGCCACGCACACCAACGUCCGCGAUGCGCUUGCCAGAUCGCGACCCGGUGACAUGGCCGCCUUUGAACAUGUCCUGAGCCUCAUUGAGCGAGCCGUCAAGUCCGGACUCAAGGAAUACGAUGCAUGUCCCGAGAAGUUUGAGCAGAAAUCCGACGAGAGCCUCACCGGGUCCAAAGCAACUAUUGCCGAGUACGGGAGGCCGUGGUGGAUCUGUCAGCCGCAUAUCCGACUCUUGCCCGAGGAGGCAAUGGAAAUCGGCGCACUCAAGGAGAAAAAGAAGGCGGGUCCUGAUACUGAAAAGAAAGAUACAACCCAAGAGAAUACCCCUUCCGCUACUGAAACUCCGAACGGGACGCCCGCCAACACGUCUGCUACUCUCACACCCGAUGCUCUCGUGAGCGGAUAA